CGUGAAUAUUUGGACACAUUUAUAUGAGUUUUAGUGUGUGAACACGUCUGGACACUACACUGAGUUAAAUAUGGCUAUGAGGAAUGUGUCCCGGGUGGAGGCGGAGGCAGAUGCAGAGGAGGAAGAACAUUUUGGGCCGCAACCGAUUUCACGUCUGGAGCAAUGUGGCAUCAGCAGCAGCGACAUUAAGAAGCUGGAAGAUGGUGGUUUUCACACCGUGGAGGCCGUAGCGUACGCGCCCAAGAAAGAGCUGCUGCACAUCAAAGGAGUCAGUGAAGCCAAAGCCGACAAGAUCCUGACAGAGGCUGCUAAGAUGGUUCCCAUGGGCUUCACCACAGCGACUGAGUUCCACCAGCGCAGAGCUGAAAUCAUCCAGAUCUCCACAGGGUCCAAAGAGCUUGACAAACUCCUGCAGGGAGGAAUCGAGACGGGAUCCAUCACUGAGAUGUUCGGCGAGUUUCGCACAGGAAAGACACAGCUGUGUCACACACUGGCCGUCACAUGCCAGCUGCCCAUAGAUCAGGGCGGUGGAGAAGGAAAAGCCAUGUACAUCGACACAGAGGGAACCUUCCGUCCAGAGAGGCUGCUGGCUGUAGCUGAGAAGUACGGGUUGGUGGGCAGCGACGUGCUGGAUAACGUGGCGUACAACCGUGCAUACAGUUGCUUCAAAAUGAGUCCGAAAUCUCCAGUAGUACUUACAUACAUUUAA